AUGGCAGGUGAUGAAGCCCCUAUCUCUCGAACUGAGUUCGACAUGCUAAAGGCCGAUGUCAAUCAGAUGAAGACUGUCGUGGAGCGAAUAGCAGUGGCAGUAGAGCGUCUGGAGAUUGUAGGAGAUCGAAAUCGCGUUGAUGGUCGCCAACGACGUGAACCGACUCCGUAUGAAGAUUCCGACAGCGAGGAAGAUCACUAUGCACCCCCACGCCGCGGUGUUUAUCGCAGAGACCGACGACAAAGGGAUAAUUAUGACGCUGGAGGUUUCAAGAUGAAGAUGGAUCUGCCAUCUUUCAACGGGCAACUUCAUAUUGAAGAGUUUCUCGACUGGAUUGCAGAAGUAGAGAGGUUCUUUGAGUAUAUGGAGAUCCCUGAAGAACGUAAGGUUAAAUUGGUGGCUUACAGACUCAAAGGUGGAGCUUCGGCUUGGUGGGAGUCUGUUUGUCUGAAUCGAUCUCGUCAAGGAAAGCCGAAGGUCGAUAGGUGGGAAAAGAUGAAGAAGCUACUGAGAGCCCGUUUCUUACCAAGUGAUUAUGAACAAGUUUUAUUUGGGCAGUAUCAGAAUUGUAGGCAAGGUGGAAGAUCCGUGGAUGAGUAUACGCAGGAGUUCUAUCGACUGUCAUCCCACAACAAUUUACACGAGAGCGAGGCGCAGCAGAUGUCUCGAUACAUUGGGGGAUUAAGGAUAGCGAUUCAAGAUCGUGUAUCUUUACAGCAUACCUAUACAUUGGCAGACACGUCUCAAACUGUUCCUGAUCAAGAUUCUACGACAGAAAAGGGCAAGGGGCCAGCGACGACUGCAGCGAAGAAGCCUACUCCAACGAACCCUUAUGCCAAACCUGACCCGAUCAAGUGUUAUAGAUGCGGACAGCCUGGUCAUCGUUCCAAUCAGUGCCCUAAAAGAGGUACUGUGAACAUGGUGGAUCAUGAAGAUGAUGAUACAGACCGAGACAAUGUUGAAGACUAUGAUGAUGGGUUGGAUGCUGAUGAUGGGGAACAACUCUCAUGUGUUGUGCGGCGACUAUUGUUGGCUCCAAAGGCAGAAGAACCACCACAGAGGCAUAAUAUCUUUCGAACGAGAUGUACGGUGCAACAGAAGAUCUGCGAUGUCAUCAUUGAUAGUGGGAGCAGCGAAAAUAUUGUAUCUCGGCGCAUGGUGGAGAAGUUAGGGCUGAAGACGGAAAAGCAUCCCGCUCCUUACAAGAUCGGCUGGAUUCGCAAGGGUAAUGACGUACAGGUUGAUGAAGUGUGUCGGGUAUCCUUUUCCAUUGGCCGAACUUAUGUGGAUGAGGCAUUGUGCGAUGUAGUAGAGAUGGAUGCAUGUCAUAUGUUGUUAGGCAGACCUUGGCAGUUUGAUGUUGAUGCCACGCAUAGAGGGAAAGAUAACGUCUACAUCUUUAAGAAGGAUGGUCGCCGAAUUGUGCUCAAGCCUCUAACCGAGAAGGGACCUGUCAAAACCAUUGUGGCUGAAAAGAAGAAUUUCUUGGUCGUUGACAAUGAAGACUUUAUGAAAGAUGUGAAGCAAUCUGAUGAGAUUUAUGCCCUUGUAGUUUCGGGAAAAGAGGAGUCUGCCACUGUCGAAACUCCACAUGAAGUACAGACCCUCUUACAACAGUUUGAUGCAGUUAUGCCUGAUGAUCUUCCUUCUGAAUUACCCAUGCUUAGGGACGUUCAACAUCAGAUCGACCUUAUCCCUGGAUCCCGACUACCAAAUCUGCCACACUAUAGAUGA